UAUCAAAUCAAUCAAAAUAGUGUAAUUUUUAAUAAAAUAUUAAAAAUGUUGUAGUUUAAUAAUGAUUGGGUUAGAGAAUUUGUGGCCGUUGGAUCGAAACUAAAUCCAAAAGAUUGAAGAGAUUUAUAUAAACUGAAGAAGAAGAAGACGAUAGAAGAAAGGUGGGGGAUAAGAGAGAUGAUGAUCAUGGAAGGAGACGAUAGAUAAUUUUAGGGUUUCUCUGCUUUCUGAUCAAAAGAUUAACACUUUCUUUUUUUGGGGGGCUUUUAAAAAUCUUCAAAUUCUAGGGUUCUUCUUCUUCUUCAUAUACAUAAUCUUUCCAAAUCCUGGUGAAACAUUCUUUGUUUCUCCGGGGUUUCAAUGGUGCUGAAAGCUUAGAUCUUUAGCUAAGAGAUUUAACAAAAUUUCAUCUUUUUUUCAUUUUUUCAAAUUUCAUUCUAAUUGUGAGGUUUUUGUUUGUUCAUUCUUUAAACUGUUUAAUUGAUUUUUUACAACUGAAUUAGGUUGAUUUAUAAAUAAUCAGAAAAAAGGUAUUCAAUAUUGUUUGGUUUCUGGGAUCGUUUCACCAGAUUUAAAUGGUGGAGAAAACAAUCCGAUUCUUGAAAUGAUGAAGAGACCGAUCCCUAGUAGUUGGCCAUGGUGGUUAUUAAGAGGAGGUAGAAAAGACAAAGAACCUGAAGCUCUUAAGUUUCCUCCUCCUCCUCCUUCUACAAAGAUGAUAACUCGAGCUGCUAAUAUUAAUAAUAAUAAAAGAAAGGAUCUUCAAGAAGUUGAGAGCUUUGGUUCGUCUGGCUCUGAAUCUGUUGCUCUUGCUGGUGAUGGACCUGAAUGGUCUGUUGGAUGGACUGAGCCUCAUGGACCUGAUUUCCAAAGUGAUGAUGAAGCAGAUGAUGGUGGCUUCUUAGUGCUGGUUCCUUGUUACAGAGCUCUUGUCGAAGCCUCUAGUAAUACUAAUAACCAGCUCCUCAGUGCUGUCAAGAAUCUCCCCAGCGGUUUGCCUCCUGAUGGGAAGAAUUACAUGGAGCAAUGGCUUUCUUCUCUGCAGAACCUUUGACCAGGUCCCUUUCCCUUGUAGUUUAGUUAGUACUAGUUUUAGUUUCUCUAAUUCGCUCUCAUUUUGGUGGUGUCUACGUUAAUCCUGAAAACUCAAAAAAAAGGAGAAAAAAGGGAAAAGAAAAAGAGAGAACGAACAAAAAAAAAAAACACAAGUAGUUUUAUGGUUUAGAUUUAAGAUGAUGGGUAUUUGCAUACAUUGAUGUGAGAUUGGAAAAGCUAUGGAGAAGAAGCAGCUUUAGCCUUGAGGGUUCAUCAUAUUAAGAUUGAUUGGUUACAUUCAGAAAACAGAUCAAAAUCCAAGAAAAAAGAGGGUGGAGAACAAAUUACAUAUAUCCUGGAAAGAAAGGAUUGGUGGAAGAAACAGACAGUGCUAGGGGUUCAUAUCAAGAUGAUCGAACAAAUUUGAUGGUGUGAAUGGGAUUUAUUGAAUUGAGAUGGGAAAUUCAUGUAAAAGUCUUGUAAAUACAAAAAGAAAAAGAAAAAAAGAGUGAUGUAUAUAUACUCUUGUAAUCUAUCUUGUCCUGUAUCAUAACCUCCUGAAGACUGAGAUAGAGGUGAUUGGAGAUUGUAUGUAAUAUUAAUUAUGACUGAUCUUUUUUUGUAUAUAAGACAAGCCAUUGUAAUUCUCUGUAUAAUAAUAUAUAUUGGAAUUGGGGAAGCA